AUGAGAUGCCUUGGUGUGGCCGUCGCGCUGUAUGACUACGCCGCACAGGCGGAUGAUGAGCUGACUUUGACGGAGGGAGAUACCCUGUAUGUGGAUGAGCUGGCGGAUGAGGCCUGGUACAAAGCACGUUUGCGCGAUGGCAGUCAUGAGGGGCUCGUGCCCGCCAACUAUGUCGAGAUGCGUGCGCCUGAGCAGGUUGUUGUGGCCGCGUACGACUAUGAAGCUCAGAACCAUGACGAGCUUUCUUUCGCUGAGGGACGCGUAUUGGACGUGUUGGAGCGUGACGGCGACUGGCUCCUUGCUCGGAUCCAGGGCACGGACCAGAUGGGACUCAUCCCGUCGAAUUACGUUGAGGAGUUUGGGUCAUCAGGCGCGCAAGAGCCCGUGCCAGCGUCUGAGCCAAGUCCAGAAGCUGAGCCGGCACAGGAACAUAAGCCAGCGCCAGCGCCAGAGCCGGCGAACGUGCCGUCAGAAUCGCCAGCGGCACAGCCACCCAAGCCGCGUAUGAUGGCGCCGCCACCGCCAGCUCCCGCGCCCGCGCCCGCACCAGCGCCAGCGACAGCACCAGCUCCAACGCCACCUCAAGCGCCUGAGGCUCCCGCUAGUGUGCCUUUGCCGUCGUCGCUCGUGCCUCAAGCCACUGGCGCGGAAGACGAUUUGGACGAGACAGAUGGACAGGCAUCCACUGUGGCGCCACGCGCCGUACCGGCUGCAUGGACAGCGUCAUCUACGCAAGACGAGAUCCAAAUGUGGUCCGUCACUGAGCUGGACAUGAAAAAACGCAAGCGCAAAAACAAAGGCACACUGGGCGUGGGAAAUGGCUCUGUAUUUUUCGCGACAGAUACGGAUGGUACUGCCGUGCCACGCGUCGACAUCAAGCACUUGAAGAGUACGACGCUCGAAAAGGGCAAGUACUUGAUCAUUACGUUUGAGCGCGCCGCCCAAGUCGAGGGCGAUGUAUGGGUCUUUCACGUCGGCUCACGCGCAGCUUACCAGGAUAUUUCCGCCCGCAUCGGGAAAAGCAAGGCGAUCAGCAAGCAGCCAGCACACACUGCAUCCACACCUCGUGUCUCUUCGUCAGCUCCCCAUUCUCCUCCCACUCAAACGGGCGUGCCCGAAAUGGUCGUGGCCUUGUACGACUUUGAGGCCCAGGCCGACGACGAGUUGAGCGUGUCCGAAGGCGACCAGCUUGUGCUCAUAGAGCGUGAAGACCACGAAUGGUGGAAACUGCAAAAUGCCAAAGGCCAUAUCGGCGUCGUUCCUGCUUCCUAUGUCGAGGUACUGAAAGAAAAUAACAGCCCUGCACUAAACGCUCUCAACCACAAGUUUUCUACGAUGCGCGAUCCACGCCGUGCUGCUCCACGCCGGCCUACCGAAGCUAAAAGACACGAGUCCGCUGCGCGUCCCUUGGUAGAUAACCCUCCUCAGCUUCCGAAUCAGGGCCGCAUGCGGACGUGGGUCGAUGCAACAGGGCGUUUCCGAGUCGAGGCCGAGCUUGUUGGAGUACGCACGGACACAGUGCGUUUGCACAAGGCUAAUGGCACAUUAAUUGAUGUGCCCCUCUUCAAAAUGUCUUUGGCGGAUCUGCGUUAUUUAGAGGGUAUUACAGGCCGCAAUUUGCGCACCCCAUCGGGCCCGCCUUCUGCUGCAUCUCAGCGCCAGAGUGCAUCGGGGUAUCCCGAACGCUCCGUGUCUCGGUCUCGUGGACGUGGACCUGCGUCCAGCUACCGACCCGAUAUCGAUUGGUUUGACUUUUUCGUCGAAGCGGGUGUCGACAUGCAGCAUUGUGCACGCUAUGCGGAUGCCUUUGAACGUGACCAUAUGGACACAUUUGUUCUCCCUGAACUGAGUGUAGACUCACUGCGCCGACUUGGACUGCGUGAAGGUGAUAUCUUGCGUGUUCGGCGACACGUACAAAACAAGUACUCAAAGUCGUCAGCUCCUCCGCCGAUGCCGCAACGCUCACCCGAAGAAGAGGAAAAGCAAAAGGAAACAGAUGAGGAACUAGCACGACGCUUACAAGCUCAAGAAAUCGCGGAGCAGCGCCGUCUUGCACCACGCAAGUCUACUACUCGUGCGCCAGAGCCAGCACCGGAGCCGUUGCCGCCGCGCUCGACGGACAUGUCGCGUAACACGGACGACACUUCUACUGCCGCGGCUCAAGAGGCUCUACAACCGAACCAGACGGGCGUCAGUGCCGAAACGAUCGCUGCUGCUGUGGAAAUUAUUCGCCGUCGCGAGCGCGAAGAGGCUGAAGAGCGUGAAAAAGCGGCCAAGAAGGACGAGCGCCCCGCAGAUCCCAACUCGGCCCUGUUCGAUAAGCUGGAAAAACUCAAGCCGAGUCCGAAGCCAUCAGCGACACCAAGUAUGCCCGAUCCCAAUGCGCCGCGCGGGCCUAUUGCUCCUGUACCCAUAAAUCAGAGCCUACUGCAGCCGCUCAUUCCCCUGCAGGGCACGGGCCAAUUCGUGCCAACCAAUCCUACUGGCGCCACCUCCAUGUUUGCGCCACAGCCGCCCGGCUUUGGCAUGCCGCAACCGACGGGCAUGUUCAGUGUGCCCCAACCUCAAGCGCCUCAACCUGUGCCACAGCCCAUGCUGGGUCAAGCCACUGCAGAUACGACCAGUGCAUCGAGUCAACAGGACCGAUUCAGUGCAGCCAGUGUGUUUGAGCAGAUGAAGACGGGCUCUGGCGCCUUCUCAAAAGAUACGUCCGCGCCGCAAAGCAGUGGAAAGUAUGAUCCCCUCCGUGCGCAACCUACGGGCUUCGCUGCAGGUGGUAUUGUCGACUCAUCACCAUUUGGAGGCGGUAUGAUGAUGCCCCAAGGCAUGCCCACACAAAGCAUGAUGCAGAUGCCUAUGGGCACGGGCAUGAUGAUGGGUAUGCCGGGACAACCUUCGGGCUUUAUGCCAGCCUAUGGCUUUUAUCCUUCGUAG